AUGGCUAUCCAGAGCUACGAUGCAUCAAGCAACGUGCCCAACAACACACUUUACCCACCGCAGCAGGACGCCAACAACUAUGCGACCUUGGGCUCGACAACGACACUCGCCAAUUCGACGAUGGAAGGCAAGAUGGGAGAGGAAGGUCGCCAGAUAACACGAACACCAAGUCCAACACCCAGCGAGUUGAAGGAGCUGCAGACGGGGGCGGUUGAUUGGAAAACACUACGGACGAAGAAGUUUUGGUUCCGGCGGGAGUGGUUGUGGUACUACGUUAUCCUGGUCGUCAUUCUGGUCAUCACUGCCCUCGUCACCCUGUAUCACAGACAGAUCGUGGACUGGCUGACACCAGUAACGAGGUGGCUGCACGACCUGAAAUUUGGAUGGCUGGUGCCGAUUGGAGUCUUGUUUGUGAUAUCAUUUCCACCGCUUUUCGGACACGAAAUCGUUGCCAUUCUUUGUGGGCUUGUGUGGGGUCUAUGGAUCGGUUUCGCGAUCGUAGCAGCAGGGACAUUCCUAGGUGAGGUGGGCAAUUUCUACGCCUUCAAGUAUUGCUGUCGGUCGAGAGGCGAGAAACUGGAGAGGACAAAGAUCACGUAUGCGUGCUUAGCACGCGUCGUUAGGGAUGGAGGCUUCAAGAUUGCACUCAUCGCCCGCUUGAGUGCUAUUCCUGGCCAUUUCACCACGGCCGUUUUCUCGACAUGCGGGAUGGGUAUCUUCGUCUUCUCCAUCGCCGCUAUUCUGUCGAUGCCGAAGCAAUUUAUCACCGUCUAUCUCGGUGUCAUCCUCGAACAAUCAAGCACUGGUGUGACGGACAAGAAGAGUAGGAUUAUCAGCGACGUCGUGCUUGCCGUCACCUUCCUCAUCACUGCGGUCGCGAUGUGGUAUAUUUUCCGGCAGAUGAACAAGGUCAAACCGCAGGUAAUCUACGACAGGCGGAAAGCUCGUCAAACCAAACUCUCCCGUGCAGGCUUCUCGCCCUACCAUGCGAGCAACCCAUCGGAAUCCAGCACGGACGUGUUCAACCCUAACGACUCGGAUUCUGCCAUCCCGCUAAGGAGCACCAUACCCCAAGGUGAAACGCGGUACCAGCAAUGGGACACGCAAGGCAAGGCCGUUGGGUUCGCCUCUGAUCCCAACCUCGAUGGAAAUGCCAUCCACGCGCCGAGGCCACGUGCAGAUACGGCAUCCGCACUGCUGAAACGCUACCCGCGGGACGAGGAGGAGGCUGGUACAGACACGAUAAGCUGGGACAGCCGCGCGACUAGCGCCCCGCCGAUGAGAGAGCCUGCGCCUGCGGUUGUCGUGCAACCUCCAGGGCAGAUACACAACCUGCAUUCGUCAAACCACCCUCAGAGCACGUUCGCGUUUCAGCAACAACAGCAAACGCCUCACCAAACGGACUUCGCCGUCCCUAGCGCGAGUACGGGUGCGAAUGCAACUGCGAACAUGCCGUCCACGCCCCGGUCGCCGUUCGACGACGCCUACGGCUUAGAUGACGAGCCAUUCCAACAUGGGCACGGGCGUGAUCAGGAGCCGAUGGACGCUACGUUUCGUACGGCGUUCAGUGCCUCACCAAGGCGUGACCCCGACCAGGGGCUGCCAUUCCCUAAUCCGCAUAAUCAGUCCAAUGUCAAUGUUGGGAGGGUAGCUUCGCAUCCACUGACUGGAGUACAGAGCGACAGCAGGAGCCGCAUGCCUCAUCUAUGA